UCCGCCUCCCCUCCCCUAGCCCCCCCGCACGCGCAGCGAUGGCCUCGCGCCCGCCCCUCCGCACCGCCUCCGCCUCCGCCUCCUACUCCACCGACUCCCCCACCGCCGCGGCGGUGCCCCCGGGCGGCGUCCCGCAGUCCAUCACGUCGCUCCUCAACAACCCGCUCCCCUCGGCCUCCGCCGGCUCCUACUGGCUCCCGUGGCCCCCGCCCACCGCCCUCCCGGACGCGCCGCCCCCGCCCUCCCACCCCUGCGAGGUCUCCCGCGCCGACUUCGCGCCCUACCUCGCCCGCGUCGCCGACCCCUUCGCGCGCUUCGCCGACGUCCGCCUCCACGCCACCGCCGAGCUCGCCCUCGCCGCCUCCGACCUCGCCGCCCCCGCCUCCGCCUCCUCCUCCGGCCUCGCCGCAUGCCUCCGCGAGGUCCCCGCGCUCUUCUUCAAGGAGGACUUCGCGCUCGAGGAGGGGGCCACCUUCGAGGCCGCCUGCCCGCUCGCCGACGCCGCCCUGCAGGAGCGCCUCGGCCAGCACCUCGACGUCGUCGAGGCGCACCUCGUGCGGGAGAUCGCGCGCCGCUCCGAGUCCUUCUACGAGGCCCAGGGCCGGCUCCGCGGCCUCGACGGGGAGAUCGUCGCCGCCGUCGGGAGGAUCCGGGAGCUCAGGGAGGUGGUCCGGGUGCUCACGGGCGACCUGGUCGGCGACGCCCAGCAGGUGCAGGAGCUCAAUGCCACCCGGGGGAACCUCGUCGCGCUGCAGGAGAAGCUCACCAUCAUCCUCUAUGUCAGUCAGGCGCUCGCAGCCCUCAAGCUGCUUGUGCUAGCGGCAGAUUGUGCUGGUGCGCUUGAUGUCAUUGAUGACUUGCAAAAUCUCAUAGACACUGAUGAACUUGCUGGGCUUUAUUGCUUUCGACAUAUUCGUGAUCAGUUGGGAGCAUCAUUAGAUUCAGUGAACAGCAUUCUUUCAGCAGAGUUUGUACGGGCUGCUGUUCCUGAUGGAAAAACUGUCGAUGCAAUGGUUUUAUCAACUGUGAAAAGGAAGACUUCUACCCCCCUCAAUGGGACCGAGCAUGAAGUAAACGUUGAUGAGGAGGAUGGCUUCAUCCUCAGAGAUCGUCUUCUUCCCCUCAUUAUUUGCCUGCUGAGAACGGACAAAGUUCCUGCAGUGCUCAGAAUAUACCGGGAUACCCUUAUUACUGUUAUGAAAGCGUCAAUCAAAUCCACAGUUGCAGAGAUGCUUCCAGUUUUGAUUUCCAAACCAAUAGAUUCUGAUUCAGUAACUGGAGACAGAGCUGCCGAUUCUGAUGCUGGAGGCCAGUCUUUAGCAAAUAAACUGCGUAGUCUAUCAUCUGAAGGUUUUGUUCAGCUUUUAUCGGCUAUUUUUAGUAUAGUUCAGGUACAUUUACUGCAAGCAGCUGAAGUUAAAAAAAUAGUUCAGUGGAUCAUGCGAAACCUUGAUGGGAACAUAAGUCCUGAUGACACAAAUCCUGUCGUACAACAUGGUGGCUCAGUUGAUUUUUCCCAAGAGAAAGACUAUGAUGUUACUUCACGGGUCUCUAAUACUGUUACACGCAGUCCUACUAAGCUUCCGUUGUUUCAAGGAAAGGCAAAUGAUAUGUCCAGUAUAAAUUCAAUAAAGAAUAUUCGAGCUGAUGUGUUGAGAGAAAGCACAGAAGCAGUGUUUGCUGCAUGUGAUGCUGCACAUGGACGAUGGGCUAAGCUGCUAGGUGUUCGUGCUGCUCUACAUCCCAAGUUAAGGCUCCAGGAGUUCCUGAUCAUCUAUAAUAUAACGGAAGAAUUCAUAGCUGCUACAGAAAAGGUUGGAGGCAGGUUAGGUUACAACAUUCGCGGAAUUCUACAGCAACAGUCAAAGCAAUUUGUUGAGUAUCAGCAUAGUGUUCGGAUGGCAAAAAUUAAGGCAGUUCUUGACCAAGAGACAUGGGUCGCUGUUGAUGUUCCUGAAGAAUUCCAAGCGAUUGUUCUGUCACUGUCAUCAACUGACUUUCCUGUUAAUGGCAUGGAGAUGCCUAGCAAUGAUAACUCAAAGCUCAUUGAGGAUGGGAUUUCAACAAGUCAAGAAUCAGCACAUUCAACUGAAAAUAAUGUUGAAAAUAGCAAUGGAACAUCUACCACAAGCAAUGAAAACAAGGUUGAAUCCACUUCUCAGACUGAAAAUAGUGUUGCUGGCCAUGUUAGGCCAGUCUCGCAAACCAUUGUGCUUGGAGGUGUUGGCUAUCAUAUGGUGAACUGCGGUUUGAUAUUGUUGAAAAUGCUAUCAGAGUAUGUUGACAUCAGUAAAUGUUUGCCAUCGUUAUCUUUUGAGGUGGUCCAACGUGUUGUUGAGAUAUUAAAACAUUUCAAUACUAGAACUUGCCAGCUGGUUCUUGGUGCAGGUGCCAUGCAGGUAUCUGGUCUGAAAUCAAUUACUUCUAAGCAUUUAGCUUUGGCAAGUCAAAUUAUCAGUUUCAUACAUUCUUUGAUUCCAGAUAUUCGUCGAGUACUUUUCCUGAAAAUACCGGAAGCACGCAAACAUCUGUUGAUGUCUGAACUGGAUAGAGUUACUCAGGACUAUAAGGUUCAUCGAGAUGAAAUUCACACCAAGCUAGUCCAGAUAAUGAGGGAGAGGUUGCUAGCAAAUCUUAGAAAAUUACCGCAAAUCGUGGAAAGUUGGAAUGGACCAGAUGAUAAUGAUUCACAGCCAAGUCUAUUCGCCAAAGCUGUUACAAAGGAAGUCACUUAUUUGCAUCGCAUCCUUUCUCAAAUACUGCUUGAGGUUGAUCUGCAAGCGAUAUUCAGGCAAGUAGUCCAGAUAUUCCAUUCCCAUAUUACAGAUGCAUUUUCAAAGUUGGAACUCAAUAGUCCUCAGGCAAAGAACAGAUUAUGUCGAGAUGUUCAACAUAUUCUUGUAUGUAUUCGAAAGUUGCCUGCUCAGAACUUCAGCUCAGAACCUGUUCGAAAUUAUGGUCUUCUUGACGAGUUCUUGGCUGAGAAGUUCGGGACAAAAGUUGACGAGUGAUUGACAUGUACAUUAGGAACUGACUGCUGUCUGCAAAUGUUCAGUGGUGGUAAAUAUGGUAAAUGUGAAGCUAUCAAAGACAUCACUGUUGGCAUAAAAUCCUAAGCAGGUAUUGCUGCAGAGGAUAUCGGAAACAUAGUGCUCUUGAUGGCAAUGAAUUACUACGUCAAUACAUCUAGUAGCGCUUUGCGAGAUCACAUGCCAAUGGUUUUCCACACCUGACCUGAGCCGAAAUUUUUGCACCGUACUUCCGCCAUGUUAGGCCGCGUUCCAUCUUUUGCUUGUUCCGAUAGUAUUUCAACCCCUUUUGUGGGAAAAGCUGAUAUUGGUUAGAUGUUGGGUAUAGAGGAGCCAUAGAAGGAACCUGACAGACAUUUUCGGCAGCACGGCCCAUUCUUUGCGUAUUGCCCUGCCUUUUGGUGCAGUGUGUUAUUAAUUGGAUAUCGUGUCGUUGAUGCAGCCGAUUGUAUCUUGUUCCUGUAAGGUUUGUAUAACUAUUCUUGUCAGUGCAGUAAUAAGUAAUUGUGAAAUGUUUAGUACAUGAAGAUAUUAUUCAUACUAUACAUGGUUAUUAAACAGGAAUUCAGGGGCUUAGACAUGCCCAUUUUUUCAA